AAGUCCUUCGAUCAUUACCUGUGUUCUAACAAUCCAUACAAACACAAUUUUUUUUUGGUGUUUAGAUCUGAGAUAAUCUUGAGCAUUUUUUUCAACACCAGACACCUGUUUUUGGAGGUCCUGGAAAUCGGCUACGGGAUCAAGAAAAUCCAAAAUUUUUCAAAGUAGUUUUUUUUCAAGUACUAUAAAUUCUGUAAAUGCACUUUUAUAUUUAUUAAUUAAAAAAAAUGCAUCUUCAAACAAAAUUCACAAGACACGCGUUUUUAGGAAAACAAAAUUUUCAUAAAUUUUACAAACGAACAAAAUACGAAAAAAUGGUAAAAUAAACUAAAUGCCGCAAUAUUGGUAUAAACUCAAAAACUCUAAUUUACGGUUUUUAUAGCAAGUAGCUAUAUUUAGAAGUACUCACAAUAAUUUAGUGCAUAUUUUGAAUUCAGCCGAUUCGAUUGCAGUCAUGACGCAAACCUUUCCAGUAGUGGUAGCUGACUUUACUACUUUCAUAGUGGGAAGGAAAUAAAAAUAAUGAUAUAUGUAUUCCCAAACUGUUCAGAGAAGGGAUUAUCAAAGGAUAGUGAGAACAGCAGCUUCAAGCAAGCAUCAAGCAAACAUAUAGUUAGAUCGUUAAUAUUAUUUCCAAACAAGAUUUUAAGCCACUAAACAUAAAUAGUAUAUACGAAUAUAUAAAAUGUUCAUACUUUUAUUUUUUCAAUCUAUUAAUAAUGGUAAAUGUUCUUUGAGUAUUUGCCGCCUUAUCGUAAAUAUUUUUUUAAGCAUUUUCUAUGCAUGAAAACCAAAUUAAAUUAUCCAACUUUAUUCUGCCAACCUAUCUAAUCAGAUCAUGAAAACUGUAUCAGUAUCAGCAACAGUAGUUUAUUGCCCAGAUAUUGCACAAGCUAGCUUGGUCAUUCGUGUCUCCUGUGAAGUUGCUGAUUGCAUUGCAAUAUGUGGGCGAGAAAACUGGUAUCAUUGAUGCUUAAUAUACAUAUAUGCAUAUACAUACACACAUAUGUAUUAAUCUAUGUAUGUAAAAUUUUAUGUUUUACUAAGUGCUGCUCUGUGUACUCAAAAGUGCAAUGGCUUUGUUGCACAGCACAGCAGCACACGGUGAAAGGCACAUUGCUUGCUGGCCACGAAUGGCUUAGACCAGUAAACGGAUUUUUGCAAUAGCAUGAAACCUGCCACCUGUUAAAAUCAAUUAACUGGAGCAAUCUUACUGAUUUUGUGGACUCUGCGGCAAAUGUUUUAUGUGUUUGUAUAUAUGUACACUCGGCAAUGGGCACUAAAGGUGACUUAUGUAUGUGUGACGUUGCUCAACUUUUGUAAAGAGUUGCAAAUAUUGUUUAGAAAAUAAUUAGCUUAAGACUGCAAAUUCCGUUUUCAUAUCGGAAUAUUUGUACUAUCGAUGUGUAGAUAUGUAUCGAUUAUAGCAUAUUGUACUAAAAUGUGAAAAAACUGCCAGUUUGUGGCGAAAAAUUAUAAAUAAAAGUAUACAGUUACUGUUAUUAUGUUGCCUGUGGCUGUAUAUUUUAUUUUGUGUGGUUUGAUAUGUGUCUAACUGUUUGUGGGUUUGAGUUGUUGGCUUUGAUUUGUCUCGUGCCGUUGACAGUUCCAGUUUAGAUAUUUAACUAUAAAAUAUAUCUGUAUAUAUGUAAGUACUUAGAAUGUAAGUAAGGCGUACACAUUGCGGUUUUACAGAUCGUCACUGUACAUAUGCUAUUUCUUAAAUAGCAGACAAGUUAUCCUAUAUUAUCUAUUCUCUUAUAUACUAUUUGGAAAGCAAUAUGAACUUUGAGAAAUAUCAGCGAAUGUGAUGUGUGAGAGUGUACACCUUUAAUAAUCCUUAAAAUUAUGAGAGCGGGAUAUGUUUUUCGUUUCCUGAUGUACCGCAAUAUAACAUGUUUCGAUGUUUUCGUCAUUAUCAAGGUGGAUGAACGAGGCAAAUUUUCGAUGACUUUUCAACCUUCACUGAGUGCUUUAUGUUACUCAAAUACUCGUGUCCAUAAUGAAGUAGACAAAAGACCUAAAACACUUCUGUAAUAUUUUCAACUAUUCUGUAGCUGUAACUCCUUUGGAAACACAAGUCUUAAAGCAAACUCGUUGUUCAAUUUAUUUUUUCCAUAGUAAAAAUCGCCAGACAAACUUUUCGAAAAAUUGACGUAUGUAUGGAGAUCACACUUCACACCAACCUAAAACUGGUUGUAACAAUCUAAGGAAGAAUUUUAUCGAUUCGGUUUGUGCGCGCAGUUUCAAUGGAUCAGUUAGGGUCAAAUGCUUAGCUGGUAAAUAUUUUUCAUGAUCUGAGUUUGGUGUUUUCGUACACUUUUCUACACAUACGUAUAUGGUACUAGGGGUCUUAAUAUGGGUAUUAAUCUAUAUAUACAUACAUAUUACGUGAGUUGCUAACUUUCUUCCUUAUAUAUGUACAUAUGUAUGUAUAUAAAUAUAUAUCUAUGUAACUACAUAUGCAUACACAUUUUUCCAUAUCUCUUUACAAGCGGGUUUAUUCAGCUUUGCUUUGAGCUUGUAAUUCGAUCUAUUAGCUGUGGAUGCCACAACUGACUAAUCUUGUGGAAUUCUCAAUAUAGUAGUACUAACGAUGCGAAUAUAAGAUGUGAAGCACUCCCGCGAUUUUUUAAUGUGUUUUACAUUCGCUUCACAUCUUUUUGCUGCGGAUAAUAAUUCUACUGAUUCGAUUAAAUAAUUACCAACGGCGUCAUCGAACUACCACAGCAUGAAGCUAAGCUACGAGUAAAUUCAUAUUUAUGUAACUACGCAUUAGGUGCUUGUAUAUGUAAUCAAUUAUAAAUAUGUAUGUAUGUGAAGCAUCCUCUCGAUAAUUUUUUACGCAUUUUCUUUGUGCGUGUAAUUUUUUUUUUUACCUUUCUUGAAUUCAGUGGGUACUGAAAGAGUGUUAACCAUGACAGUGAUUUUCAAUAAGUUUUUUCUUGUUAUUAUUUUACGUGUAUUUCAGUUGUGCCGCAUAUAUUGAAUUACACAAGUGACUUUUAAGUUGUAUUAUAUUAUAUAUGAACAUAUAUAGUUUUGAAACCUUUUGUCAUACAGUUUGCUUAGCUCACGACUCUUUCUUAUGCUAUAUUCGCCGUUACCUCUGCGUAAAACUUUUUAAAUAUAUCGCAGAAUCUUUCUUUUGACAAUUGCAAUAAUCAGAUGUAUCGUUGACCACGCUUCUACAUCAUAUAAUAUAUUUCACGGGAAUGAUAAGGGGCUUAUAAAAUGUUAUUUCUUUCAUUCAAAAAUGAUUUGGCAAACUUUAGUCUUGUCGCCUUUGUCUACUAUCUUUUGGUAGCUGUUCAAAGAUAAGGGAGAUUGUUAACGAUUUCGAAGGUCGAAGGAAGGUUACAGUCAAUACGGCGAAGAGAGGUAAAAAACGAUUUUACUCCAGACCCACUAAUCUUGCUAGCGUAUGUUUUUAUCAAACGUUUUAAUAGUUGUACGCUCAAAAAAUUAGCAAAUAUAGUUAGGUAAAUAGAAAAAUAAUCAAUUUUUUUUAGCUUAAUCUCUUUCAAAACUAUCUGAAAACAUACAUAUGGAUGUGUAUGCUAAAUAUUAGGUUUGAUUUCGAAGAUAUUGCAGGUAAUAGACAAGCGUCUCGACCAUGUGUCAGUCGCUUAACAAAACUUUGAGACGCGUUUCUUACUUACUAAAUUACUUAGUAUUCUCUAACAAAACCUCAUAAUUCGGUGUGGAUACCAAAACAGACAGCCUAAAAAAUACGAUUUUUGGAAAUUACAAAAAAAAAAAACUACUCUAUCAAUUGUUUUUAAAGUUAAAUGAUAAUUUAUAUAUAUUUUAAGAAUAUAAAGUAAAAUUUUUGAAAAAAAUUAAAAAUUUUUGUGAAAUUAUACACGUUCUCCGACUGCGCUAAAAGAAGAUCCACCACUGCAGGCUUUCCCCAUGGAUGAUAUCUAAGAAAUUUUUCCUACAUUGUUUUAAAAUAAUUUAAGUAAAAAAAAAUUUUGCUAUUUUUUGGCUUGAAAAAACCCGAUUUUUUAUCGGAUCAAAAAAUAUUAUAUGCAAUAUUGUGAAAAACUAUAUACAGAACAUACAGAAAAAAUUUGAUAGUGAUUGGCUCUAAGUAAUCCCUGCGGAAAAUUACAAAAAUGCUUUUUCGAGAAAAUUUUUAAAAUAGAUUUAUCCAAGAUUGAUCAAUAAUAAAUGUAAUUAAGAAGAAAAUUUGUUAUAAUGAACUUGUUUGUUCCCUGAGCAUUUUCCAAAAUUACUUUAAAAAAUUGUUUCGAAUAAAUAUUUAAAAUAACUCGUAGUGAUGGGCUUUAGACGGUAAAAAUAUCGUAAGCAAAUAUAUUAUAUAAUAAUAAAAAUAAGACCUGCUCUUAAACAAAAAUUCAUAUUAAGUUUAAUUUCAUAAUGUAUGUUAUUUUGUAUUUUAUUGUGGGUUUUUUCGGGAAAGUGAAAAGUAAGUGCAUGUGUAAUAUUCAAAUACAUAUGCGGAGAAAUGAAGUUUGUUUACCUAAAUAUGCAUAUAUUUCAUCUUUUAUUUUCUUUACGGAUUUUCUAUUCAAAAUCAAAACAAUAUUGCUUUUUCGGCACUUACUUUCGUUCUUAAGGUCACAGGUACUCAAUUUUUAAUGAAAUUUUCUAUACAUAAUUAUAUUGAUGCGUGCAUAAAAGCAUAGUGAUCCUACUGAUAAUAUAUAGUGUACUCUCUCAGUCACAUGGGCUUAGACGAGAAAGUCCUUGUAAUUAUUGCACCCUUUUCAAAUCUAUGAGAACUCAAAGGUAAAUACUUCUAAUUUCGAAAAAUUUCUACCUGUCCUCAAUACAUGUUAUAAAAGCCAUGCAACAGGCACCGGCAAUCUUAAACGUAUUUCAACAUUUGACCCGCGUAGUAGUACACAUCUCGUUACUCUUUUACAAUUUAAUAACACAAUGCGUUUGCUAAUAAUAUUUCACUGCAUACUAGUGUUGACAUGGGCCAAUCCUUUGCUGAAGAGCCAAGUGUUGUAUAAUAAAAUCAAAGAACGUAUGUUCGGCGUCAACACGGAUUGUGGAACCUGUGGCGGCAUACAUACCGUGCAGCCGAUGGGUAUGUUACCAAUGCCUAAUGUCUACACUGGGGCAUAUAAGCCGUCGCUACAAUUACAUGGCGAGUCAGCGGCUGUGUCAAGCACUGGCAAUGUCUACAAUUCUCAAGAAUAUUCUUCUGGCCGCAUGAAUCAUUUCAUGAAUGCUAACGGUGUAAAAACGCAUAAUUUUAGAAGUGAUAAACGUCCAGCUCCAGUUUUGAAUUACGCCAAUAACCAUUAUGCACAAGUUGAGAAAGCCGCUGCAGCCUCUACGGCCGAGAGUCAUAGCUCAACUACAUUAUGGAAGCAUGAAGAGAACGCGCAAGCUGCAAGUAGAGCACAACAAUUGACAAUGGCUCAUGGUGGUGGAGCUGUACCACCAGUACCUGCUGGCCCUGUUUGGAUUGAAGGCGAUCAGUACGAUGCAUAUCCACCUUUGGGUUACACUGGUGAGGUUGUUGACAAUUCUGCUGCAGCCCAAUCUUCUUCCUCCGCUUGGAGUCAGCAAAAUGGUAACUAUGGUCAAAAUAAUGGACGUGGUGUGGCCUUUGCUCAUGCCAGUUCUACUUCGUGGAGCUCAAAUAAUUCCGGCUGAGAGAAUUUUAAGUUAAGUUUAGUGUGAAAACAGAAAGUUUGUAGAAAUAUUGGUGGAAAAAUAAUAAUACAAAAACAGUAGAAAAUAAUCAAAUAAUUGUGUAUUUAAUUAUCGAAAAUUUAUGUAUCUAUUAAGUCAACGCAAAUUCAAGUUUUUGGUGAAGUAAAUGACAGUGGUUAACCCCAUAUUUAGCAUAA